AUAUGUAUGUAUGUAUGAUAUAUAUAUAUAUAUAUAUAUAUAUAUAUAUAUACCGAGCAGAUAAGAUUGUUGCCGGCGGCGACUUGCAGUAGGUACGGUGGUGAACAAGUCACCUCCACCGCUAUUCUCACACCGAUCAAUCGCUGCCCAAAAGCAGCAACCACACUUGGUUACUUUUCUGAAACGACCUUCAACAACAAUCGUCGCCGUCCAUGGCGCGACCCUUGGUUGCUUUUACGACCCCCACUUUCACUAUUAACAUGACGGAUACCCCUUUGGCCGUAGAGAUCGACCUUAGGUGUUGGUCGAUUGCAACCCAGUAUGAUUGCUGGACCAGACGUAAUGAUUGAUGUCAAAUUGAGUAUAAGGUAGAGUACGCCAGCCAUGACGAAAAUAAAGAAAAAAGGUUGGUGAAGGAGAAUGGGAAAUCUCCUCAAAUAGGUUUUAACAUACUUACGCAUCUACAAUUGUGUACAUAUACUGGGCAAAGCAAUCUUCCAUACAACUUAAUUUGUAAUUAAUCAUGCACAGAAUUCGCGAACACAAAUUCAGUAUUUGAUACUUAAUUACCCCAAAAGAACCUCAGUUUUUGUUUAUUAAGAGUCUACAAAUUCUUCUAGCGCCUUUGUAUUUGGGACAUUUGUAUAUAAUUGGGUUUGGAGUCGGAAUGAUGGUGGAGAGGGAGAGGAGAGAGAAGAGUAGAUAGAAAUCAAAGUGUUGUUCAUACAUACAUACAUAUAUAAUUUGUAAAUCUUUUAACAGUCAUUGGGAAAAAUAAGAAAAAAAAAUUCUCGGCGGCGACUUGCAGCAGGUACGGAUAGAUUUUUUUUUCCGGUGGCGACUUGUAAAUCUAUAUAUAACACUCAUAUAUAUAUAUAUAAUUGUAAAUUUACAAAACUUUUAGGAAUAUUUUAGUCUUUUAGUAUAUUUCUUUAGGUUAUAGUUUUUUUUGACAAAGUCAAAGGGCAUUUAAGUCAUUUUAUAUGGUGUCAGAUGUCUAAAGAUAAUAGUUGGGGUGUGAGUGAAAAACGGAACAAACAUUUGUAGCUUGAGUGAUAGUACUUUUUGAAAGUUGUUUCAAGGUGAUAUUUGGCCAAACGUGAGGGGGUGUAAGUGAAAUUAACCCUAAUUCUAAUUAUAAAAAAUAGUGAAAUUGUUCAACUCAGAAAAAAUGGAGCUGAGAGUUGGGUUCGGUUUGGUGGCCCACCCAAGUUCUACUCCCAAGUCCCCACCCAUUUUUUUUGUUAAAGCCCAAGUCCCAACCCUUGCAUAAACAAAGAUUACACCAUCUCCGGGUUACCACUCUGCACUUACCACCCCUUUUUCAUUUCCUUCUCGCCAAACGCCCCUUAGGGUAAACAAACUUCUAAGACUCACAUUUUUUGACACUUUCACUUAUGUCUGAAGAGCGUGCAGGGUCGCAAUAGCUUCAACCCUACACCGCUGAAUCAGAGAAUACGGAGCUUCUACCUCAAUCCUCUUUCGCUUAUCCAGGAUCCAGUCUUCUGCAAGUCUAUCCUAAAUGAAUAUGCAUCCAAGAUGAAAUUGGAGAAACCGUCUUACAGUACAAUUCAACAGGCAGUUUUGCUUCCAGCUUUUGUAUCUUCUUGUGUUUUCAAUGGUGGUACAUACACUGGUAAUGCUGGCAAAAACAAGAAAGAGGCUGAACAGUUGGCUGCACGCACUGUAAUCCUAUCAAUUUUGGAUGAUUCUAAUUUGAGUAUGGUUAUUUCUGAAAUCAUAAAGUUUAAAUUCCGGCUUUAUAAUGCAUUGCAUAAAGUUGAGGACUCACACAAUGCCAUCAUGCCUUUGGUUGUAAAAAGAGAGACCUGUUCUGGACUGCAUCCCAGACCUGCAAUCCCAGUUCAUGAAUUCAAGAAACCAAAACUAGAACCAUCACCGUUGCCAUUUAGUCCAGUUUUAUUUGUGCCUCCUGUCAUGCAGCAGCCGCUUUAUGUUGGUUCAACUUCUGCUACAAAUUGGAACCAUAAAAACAAGAAGGCGGCUAAAAAGAAAGUGCGAGUUGAUCCUGAAAUCUCGCGAGCCGAUCUCUGGUGGAGGAUGUCCUGAAGAAGGUUAAUGGACUAAAACCAAUUGCUGAGGAACUGGGGGUGCCUUUAGCUCAACUUGCCAUUGCGUGGUGUGCAGCAAAUCCUAAUGUCUCAUCUGUUAUUACUGGUGCCACUAAGGAGUCU